AUGGCUUUGGCUGCUCGAUCACCCUCUGACGGCCUGCUAGCCGGCAAAUCUGCCGGCCGGCGCGCUCUGCCGGUGCUCCGUCAGGCCCCCGUUUCGCUCCUCUGCGCCGUCGACUCCGCCGCGUCCAAGCGAGUGGGCUUCCACGAAGCUUCCAACUCCGCGGUCUUUAAAGCCAAGACCAGCCUAUCAGCGGCGGACUUGCUCAUGCUUCUCAGCCCCACGGUAGCAAGCUCCGCGAAUAUCGGCGCGAUCAACGGCGGACCGUACGCCUGCCGCGAGUGCUCCAACAAGUUCCCGUCGCUACACUCUCUUGACUUCCACUACCAGACGUACCACACUAUGGACAAGAAAAACCGCCCGCCGGUUGUCCACCCGGUGGGCGGCAGCAACGACAGCGCGGAACCUGCCGGAAGCGGCUCCGCCGCGCCGAGCAAGAGCGGCACGUUGCCGCCCCCGCGGGUUGCGGGCCGUUGUGCGCACGUGGCGGCGUCGCAAGAAACGCUGGGGGAAUCUGGAAGCGCCGCCAGCGCCGCGGCAGCGUCGCAGAGCCUGGGUCGAUCGCCGUCGCUCUCGCCGUCGCCGUCUGCGACUACGGUUCCGUCGCCUGGCGAUGUCGCCGUGGGUGCGAUGGCUACGGCGACCGGCGCUACAAAAUCAUCGUCGCAGCAGCGGCGUGGCGCGAAACGGAGCCGCGCCGACAGCCAGCCGAGCGGGGCGAAUACGUCGGCACCUUCCACGAAAAGGGGCGGCAGGCGCUGCGGCGGUGUUACUUCUGAGAAGUUUCCUGGGCGCGUGACGGAGCUCGGCGGCUGCGCCGCAGGGGCUCAGAUCGCGACAGUGGAUGCCGGCCGAGCAGAGUCGAUUAAAGUGGAGUCGCAGCGACUCGGCCGUCCCGGAAUCGCGGGGAAGAAGUGGCAGCCGCCGAGUGUUCUUGUAACGGGCGGAGCUAAGUCUGUGGGUGACGUCGGUCGCGACGGAGGCGCGCUUACUCCGUCGGACACGUCAGCUCUGCAGCCACGUCGGGUCGGCGCGCUCGCAGGGUCCUGCCUGACCCUGACGGAUCGAAUGAACUCGCUGACGUCAUCACUGACGGACCUGACGGCCGCGGGGAGCAAUCCGGUUAGCCCGACGACCCCGACCAACGUGGCUCUGUUUGGGGGAGCUUCUUGCGGCGCCGCGAAUGGCGGCGGUUUCAAUGGCAAGGCUGCGGCGCAGGCGUCUCAGCUGCAGCAGCUGAUGGCUCUGGUGAUGCAGGAGCAGGAGAAGCGGGGGAGACUUGUGCGGAAAACGGAACACACUGUAACGGAGCACACUGUAACGGAGCACACUGCAACGGAGCAGAGAGUUGAGCGGCCUGAGCACCACUGCCUGCAGCCCCAACGGUCAGUGGCAGCAUCAGAUGCUAAGGGAGUUACCUCCUUAAAUGCACUAAGGUCCAUGCAGCCUCCUAAUGCAACCAGCACCUGUCAAGCACAAAAGCCCUCACCUGCGAAUCCACUCGCCACAGUUCGUCAGGUGGUAACCAAUGCAACCCCCGGCAUGCCUGGUGCCGAUUCCCCAUCGUUUCCUGCUCUGGCUCGUGCUGACGGGAGGCAGGGACCUGGUGACGUGGCAGGAAGCCAGCUCAGCAUGCUGGUGGCUGUGCUGGCAUCAAGGCUUGGUCAGCAGAAGGCACCAGUAGUAACAGGAGGAGAGGGAGCAGUAACUGCUCAGCAGUGUGGGGAGAUGGAGCUGUUGAAAUGUGUCAAGGGGCAAGGAAUUGCAGGGCCUGCUGCUAUGGUGCAAUGCAGAGAGGUAGACUUGAGGCCGUCUGUUGCGCAAAAAGGGGGAGCUGCGGGGGAAAAGCGGAAGGGGGCUUCCGCUGCGCGCAAGGAGAGGGUUAAGGGACAGGGUUUAUCGGGAUCUCAGGCGGAAGGUUCUAGGGGAGAAGGGUUGGGAGAUGAAGAAGAGGGUUUUGCGGAAUACAUAGAGGAGGAUGAUGAGGAAAGAUCAGGAGAGAGUGAUGGAGAGGAGGAGAGUGAGGGAGAGGGGGAGAGUGAGGGAGAGGAGGGAAGUGAAGAGGAUGAGUUGAGCGGAAGUGAGAGUGAGGAAGGAGAGGAGGAAGGAGAGGAAGGAGAGGAGGGAGAGGAGGACGACGAGGGGGAUGGGGACGGCGCAGGAGCAGCAGGGUCGGGAGCAGCCCCUUCGUCAUCUUUCGCAACAGCCUUCGCGAGCAUCAUGGCGAAGAAGGUCCCUGUUACCGGCAAGGUGCGCGAGAGCAACGGGGUUUCGGGUUUGGGAAUUUCCGCCCCUCCUCCUGCCCACUUCCCCCAAGCGCCCAUCCUAGCACUCCCCCCGUUCCCCCCCUUAUCCCUUCUUAGCUCCCCCCUCCUCCUCCCCCAAAUCCUCCCCCAGGCGCCCAUCCUAGCAGCGCGCAAGGGGCUCUUGGAGGAGGGAAAGGCGGCGGCAGGGCAAGCAGCGCGCAAGAAGCUGCUGGAGGAGGGGAAGGCGGCGGCAGGGGAGGCGAAGGCCAAGGCAGCGUCAGCAGCUGAGAGGAAACAGGCGAAGAUGAUGGAGAGGGAGAUGGCGCAUGUGCUGCCAGAGCCGUUUGUCGGCCCCAAAGAGAAGGCUCUGGUCAAGAUUGCGACCAAGGGAG